AUGCAGAUCCUAUCAGCCACAUCUGUCGCUCUAUGUUCCGCCUUGUUGUCUACAUUAGCAGACGCAGCGGCAACACGACUUCGACCUCGCCACGACCUCGUUCGCCAUGAGUGGCAUGAGCCUCGGCACAUCCAAGGAUGGAAGCGCCGCGAUCGCCUGGCCAUCUCCUCCACGGAACAUCUCCUGCCCAUGCGCAUCGGCUUCGUACAGUCCGACGCCGCCGUCCAAAACGCACACAGUAUGCUCAUGGACCGCGCCGAUCCGGCCUCGCCCCUCUACGGCCAGCACCUGACGGCGAACGCUGUGGCGGAUCUGUUUGCCCCCGCCGACGAGGCCGUCGAAGCUGUCAAGAGAUGGGUGGUGGAGUCGGGCGGAGUCGCUGCCGACCGCGUGUCUCUGUCCGCCAACCGGCAGUGGCUGCAGUUUGACGCGCACGUCGACGAGGCCGAGCAGCUGCUGCGGGCCAAGUUUUACAGCUACGAGCACUUACAAAGUGGCGUCAACGUGACGGCGUGUCCGGAAUAUCAUGUCCCGGCGGCGCUGCAGCAACACAUUGACUACAUCACGCCCGGCACCAAACUGGCGUCGUACGGGUUCAGCGACGGUGUCAAGGCCUUGGGUCUGCGUCGACGAGAGAAAGAUACAGACGGAGCCCGGCUGCAGCGCAGGACAGAGCAGGCGGCAGCCACGGCAGCCACGAAAGCAACGACAGCGGCAGCGCCUUGGGUCACAGGCGGCUGCGACGAGUUUGCCACGUUUGAGUGCAUCCGAGCGCAGUACGGCCUUCCGUUGCCCUCUUCGUUGUCGAAGGUGACGCCUGUGUCGGGCAACCAGCUCGGCAUUUUCGAGACGGCCGGCCAGCACUACUCGCAAGACGACUUGGAUAUUUUCUUCUCGUACACGGCGCCCGAGAUUCCCGACGGCACGAAGCCCGAACUGCGGGCCAUUGAUGGCGCAACAGGGCCGGCCACGACGCAGGACACGGCCGGUGCCGAGGCGAACAUGGACUUUGAGGUGGCCAUGCCGCUGGUGUGGCCGCAAAAGACGGUGCUCUUCCAGGUGGACGACGAAUACUACGAGAAUGCCAUGACCAGCGGCUCGGGCAGGGUGAAGGGCAUAUUCAACACCUUCUUUGAUGCCAUUGAUGGCAGCUACUGCACAUUCAGUGCAUAUGGCCAGACAGGCAACUGCCAGGAUGCGGCCUGCGUCGACCCGGUCUACCCGAAUCCCAACAACAACAACGGUGGCGGCCAAGCCUACCAGGGCCAGCUCAUGUGCGGCACGUUCAAGCCCACCAAUGUGAUUAGCAUUUCGUACGAAAACGCCGAGAACAGCCUGCCGGCCAACUACCUGCGACGGCAGUGCCUCGAGCUGAUGAAGCUGGGCCUGCAGGGCGUCACGGUGGUCGUGGCGGCGGGCGACAAUGGCGUGGGCGGCCAUGCGGCGAACGGCGGCGACGCGCACAAGGGCUGCCUGGGCUCCCAGCACGACAUCUUCUCGCCGGUCUCACUGGCCAGCUGUCCGUAUGCACUGUCUGUGGGCGCGACCAAGCUGCAGGCCGCCGCCGCCACCGCCGCGUCGAAAGGCACCUUUGUCGAGGUUGGGCCCACGGACUUUUAUACAGGCGGCGGGUUCUCCAACGUCUACCCAACACCGGACUGGCAGCAGUCGGCCGUGGCGACGUACCUGGGCCGGGCCAAGCUGGGCUUUGGCGGCUACAGCGGCGACACCGUCCAGGAGAACAGCGGCACCAACUUCAACAAGAGCGGGCGGGCGUACCCGGACGUGUCGGCCCUGGGCAGCAACUUUUACAUGGUCUACCGGGGCGGCCUGGCCAAAGGGGGCGGCACGUCGGUGGCGGCGCCGGUCUGGGCAGCGGUGCUGACGCAGGUCAACGAGGCGCGGCUGCGGGCCAACAAGACGGCCGUGGGCCACGUGCAGCCAGUGCUGUACAAGCACCCGGAGGUGUUUACGGACGUUGUGGAGGGCAGCAACCCGGGCUGUGGCACGACCGGGUUUGUCGCGACAGCCGGCUGGGACCCUGUCUCCGGUCUGGGGACGCCCAUCUUCCCCAAGCUACGAGACUUGUUUUUGAGUCUUGAAUGA